UGCAGGCAGUUAUAGCUGUGCUGUAAGAGGAUAUCAGCAUCUCCACUCUACUGCUCACAGACCUCAGAGUCAGAUAUCCUCCGAAGAAUGUUUCAAUGUCCAUCAGUCCCUCUGGUGAAAUAGUGGAGGGCAGUUCAGUAACUCUGACCUGCAGCAGUGAUGCAAACCCACCUGUGAAGAACUACACCUGGUUUAAAGAAGGUGGAACCUCACCUGUAGGAUCUGGACACAGUUACAGCAUCAUCAGCAUCACUGCUGACCACACUGGACUGUACUACUGUAAAGCUCAGAAUGAUCAUGGAGCUCUGAAUGGAACUGUAAUGGUCACUGUUAAGAGGCAGAGUUUGUUUGCAGUUUGGAUUGCAGUUGGAGUAGGAAGCUUUCUCCUUUUGCUAAUUACUGUCUUAAUCUGCAUCUACAGAAUGAAGAAAAAAGCUGAACCUAACACUGAGUCAAAACAGGAAGAAGAGAUCUACACCACCGUUACAGACAGCAGAUCCAGACCUGUACAGGCUGCUGACUCUGGAGCUGAUGAUGUUCAGUAUGCAACAAUCAGAAAUCGGAAUGAUGAAGUGACCAGCACUGACCAGCAGGGGGAGCCCCAAUAUGCCAGUGUUACAUUCCACCACCGCACUGCUGCCACUGGGUCACCAACUCAGAAUGUGGAAGAUCCCUCAGUGAUUUACAGCACAGUAAGAAAAGAUAAGAUCCACUGAGAACUGCUAUACAGAGAGAGAGAGAGAGAGAGAGAGAGAGAGAGAGAGAGAGAGAGAGAGAGAGAAUUGGUAUGAAUGGAGUUUUGAAGCGUUGAGCUGGUCGUUGUUAGUGUCUCACCCUGAACUGUUAGUAGUAAAGAGCAAUAUUACUGUUAUAUGUACUGUUCAAGCUUUAAAAUUCUUUUAAUUUAAUUUAAUUAAAUUUAAUUUUUCAUUUAAAAUCACUUGAAUUAGCUAUAUUUCAAAACCCGUUUCAAAAUGUACUUAGUCAUUUGCCUCUUCAUGUUAUAUUACUUUUUUUUUAUCUUCAUCUGUAUGUCAUAACUUAUAAGGUACGCAGUGUUUUAUUUAGACUUUUCCUUGUGUUUAUUGUUAUUUCUUUUUACAGAUAUAUAUUUCUCUAAAAAAUUUUGACUUCUUUUUUUUUACAGCUUUGAGAUAAAUUGAAGGUUUCUUUGAUUUCUAUAGAUAAAGACUUCAUUGUUAAUAAAAAUCUGAGGCAGUUAAUUGUUUUCUUAGUUUACUCAACAUUAUGUAAAACUUAUCAGAUGAACUGCACCAAUUUACAGUGUCUAAAUUGAUUAGUAACUAUUGACAGCAGUUUAUAGUGUUACAUUGAGACUAAAUGGAAUACCAAGUG